ACACGAAAGUAUUAAAAUCAAAGCCGACUCUUGCAAUAUUUGCAUUCCACUGAAAACCAACGAAAACAGCAACUAGAAUGGACAUCUCAAAGGCACCAAAUCCACGCAAGCUGCAACUCUGUCGCACCUACUUUAUGACUGGCUUCGCCCUAUUGCCGUUUGUUUGGGCCAUAAAUGUUUGCUGGUUCUGUGAGGAGGCCUUCCGCAAGCCCCCCUAUCCCGAGCAGGCCCAGAUUAAACGCUAUGUUAUUUACUCGGCGAUAGGCACGCUUGUCUGGACAAUUGCCCUCAUCAGCUGGAUUAUCAUAUUCCAGACGAAUCGGGCUGCUUGGGGCGCAACUGCAGACUAUAUGAGCUUCAUAAUACCACUCGGCAGUGCAUAAUUGUAUAAAUUAAUAGGGAUUUAUUUAACGAUUGAUAUUAUUAUAAUUCGUAU